UGAAAUUUCUGAUUUCUGAUGUCUUUUUACUUCUGUCCAGUGUCUCAUCAAACAGCCUAUGCUAUAGGCAACCCAGAAAACAUAGAGCUUCCUUGUGGGCGGGCCUUUAGAGAGACCGAAGUGUGACGUAAUAUUUGUUGUGGAAGAAGAAGAAUCAUCGCAGUAACUCCAACGCCAGAAGAAUGGAGACUAACAGGGAUGAUUGGAAGUUGAUAUUUGAAAAGGAGGGGGUUUACCUUCAUACAAAUGCCAAAAGGAGUAACCAAGAAACCAGCCUACCAGGCUACAUUCGUAUUGUGGAGCGAGCUGGAGUGCCAGCUCUAGAGUGGAGCCCCUUGGAGGAUGAAGGCCGCAGUGCCCCUGCUGUGCUCUAUUCCAAAAAGAAUGGAGAAGGUGGUGAGGAGGACACAAAGUUUGAUCCUGGUUAUGAGCCUGACUGGGCAGUAAUCAGCACUGUAAAGAAGAAUCGAGAACCUGUUCCAGUGCAAGCCUCAGGUCAGUGGUCAUUCUCUCUGCCGCUCUCUGAGCUGUACUCGCUACGAAAGGCCCGUUUUCCUUUGGGUCGAAACCUCUUGGUGCUGACCAGUCGAGGUGGACACCCGCUGCCUCCUCUGCACUUCUACAGAGGAGGGACUAGGGAACUUUUUAGGGCCCUGACACGUUACCUAAUCCUGGAUCAGUCACCAGUGGAUGGGCGGCUCUUCCUCACCUAUCCAAGGGACUCUGGUGCCCUCUCUCAGUCAUUUGACAAACUGCAGCUCUUCGAUGAUGGUCCUGAUAUUGUCUCGAGAUUCAUUCUCGAUCCGUAUGCCACCACAUUUGGUGGUUUCUCCAAAGUCACCAACUUCUUCAAGGCAGCUCUUCGUCCUCCGGACUCCUCCAGUCAGUCCUGUACACCUCGGGAUCCAAGUCUGCCUUCACAGUCUGAAGAAGAGCCUGGAUUUGAACUGAUCACAUGUGGUGUGGAGCUUGGUCCAAGACCUAAAGUAACCAGGGGACCACCUCUGGACAAGUGGGAGGAGUUUCUGGACGCCGAAGGCCGUGUGAUGAACCCAGAACACAUAAAAAAGCUUGUCUUUAAAGGGGGCAUCCAGUCAUCUUUGAGGAAGGAGGUGUGGAUGUUCCUUCUGGGUUUUUACCCCUGGAACAGCACUGCUAAAGAACGGGAAGACAUCUUAUCUAGCAAAACAGAUGAGUAUUUUCGUAUGAAGGUGCAGUGGAGGUCCAUAAGUGAAGAACAGGAGAUGAGAAACUCGCUUCUUAGAGGAUACAGAAACCUGAUUGAGAGGGAUGUCAGUAGGACUGACAGACAUACCACUUUCUUCUCUGGAGAUGAUAACCCAGGACUCGUUCUGCUCCACGAUGUGCUGAUGACGUACUGCAUGUACAACUUCGAUCUGGGUUACGUGCAGGGGUUGAGCGACCUCCUCUCGCCAAUUCUCUAUGUCACUCAAAAUGAAGUGGAGUCUUUCUGGUGUCUGACUGGUUUCAUGGAGCUGGUGCACCAGAACUUUGAAGAGUCUCAGGAGGCAAUGAAGCAGCAGCUCCUUCAGCUCAGCAUCCUCGCAGAAAUUGGACUACUAUAUAACUUUUUGUUUUCUCUGUCAGACUCUCAGGACAGUGGCUCACUCUGCUUCUGUUUCCGCUGGCUGCUCAUCUGGUUUAAGAGAGAGUUUUCCUUCGAGGACAUUCUUACCCUGUGGGAGGUCUUGUGGACUGGUCUUCCCUGUAGCAACUUUCACCUCCUGAUCGCCUCCACCAUUUUGGAGUCUCAAAGAGGCGAGUUGAUUGGCUCCGAUCACGACUUUAACACAAUUCUAAAGCACAUUAACGAGCUGACAAUGAGGUUGGAUCUACAGAGUAUCCUGCACCAAGCAGAGUCAAUUUACCUGCAGCUGACACAGUGCAAGGAAAGGAGACCUUUCAAACACGUCCUCAGCGGCCGAUCAAAGCCCUUAAGAGGUUGCUGUUAUCGCUGUCCCCGCGACAAGGUUCUAGUCUGCAGUGGCGUCCGUAACAGCAAAUCAUCAACAGCUACCCAAGUGAGAAGCAGAAGAGAAGCCGCAGCCCACGUCAUUGCAGCAACAACACUCUUGAUAUCCUUUGUUUAGUAAAAAAUGCUAAAAAUGCUUUUAGCCUUUUCUAAAGCCAUUUAAAUGUGGAAAUGUGGGUAUUGCCGGGAAAAUAUAAUGGUAAUAUAAAAAAUAUAUAUAACUUGGACAGGUUUGUUGGGCCUAAUUAAAAAGUCAAACGGACCGCAUUCUAGCCCCCGGGCCGUAGCUUGACCAUACCUAGGUUAGGCAAACGUUUUGUCUAUGUUAUGUGUUGUUGGUUUUGGACAAAUUUUCUCACCGUUAACAAAUUGGAUUGGGUUUUUUUUUUCCCCCUUCUCACCCUGUGUAAUUUUUUAUUUUAUGACCUGUUCGCCACUUGCGAUUGGCUAAACUUUGCGUUGUUUUCUUUCUCCUCCCUCUCCUACUCGUGCAGCCAGCAGGUGUCCUAGGGUUUAAAUGGGACUACUGUUCUCCACUAUGCUGGGAAAUGAGCUGGAAAAUCAGGGGUGGGACCAGACACGCCUCUUAUUUAGGAUCUGUCGCACUUCUUUUUCUUUCUGGCCUUCUCUUCCCAUGUUGUUUGAAUACAGCUGUGAUGCAUGAAUUUAGCCGGGCACUAAAACAGGGUUGACUAUUCCACGCAGCCGGUGCUGAUGUCCCAUCUUUCAACUCCACCUACUCCUCAUUCUGACCUCAUUUGACUUGCAGAGUCAAACUCAUUUAGGCCCUCAUUCAAACUCAAUCUGCCUGUCUUUUAGAGUCUGUAUGGUGGCGGACCUUGUGUGUGGUUUUUUUUUUAUCUCCCCAAUUCAUCCAGUUUCAUGUAGCCAUAAUACUGUUCCUAAAGGUAACUUAACUAACUUUAAUGGACAUUUUUUUAAAACAUUCAACGCUUACAGUUACUAUUGUAACAAACCUGAUCAAAACUGACUUAAGGUGUUGUUGGUGACGCUCCUUUCAUUUUGCAAACGUCGUGGCGAUGACAAAUGAACCUUGGGCUCAUAAUGCUAGGCUGGUUCCUAAACUUUUUCCUGCUGGGCCUUCCUUUGGUUCAUAAUAACAUUUUUUCGACCAUUUCGGCAAUUGCUUUUACACACCUUAAACUUCAUGCUAGUAUCGCCAAAUUUGGUCAGUUGGCAGGAGUGUGAUUUCCUGUGUGGGGAACGGAGCCGCUACUGCUGCUCCAAGCUGAUUGAAUGCGUGACGGGAAAAAACGAGAGUGAGAAUUAAAGAUAACGACCUUCUUUACAAUGUUAUUAUCGGAUAAUCAUUUCGUUUCAUUCAUUCAUUCUGAAGCUUUCGAACUUAUUACACACAAUAUAUUUUCUAAAAAAAAAAUUUUAAAAGUUUUUUCACUUUUCACUUCUAAUUAAAUAAAUGUUUUUGGUUUUUUUUUCGAACAGCACCUGUAACACGGUGGUUACGCGCUAGCUCUUUCCUGCAUUUGCGCCCCGACUGUAGUUGGAAUGCACCAGGGCAGAAGCUAACAUUAGUGCCCGGGGGCUAACUCCAUUCACUUUGUGCUUGUCGAGGGUUCAAAGCGUGUGAAAAAGUACCAGCUUAUAGUCUGGAAAUUACAGCAAAUAUGAAACUAUAAAACUGGUAUUUAAACAAGAAAAAAUGUCAAAACAUGGCCAACAUUUUAAUAUGGGUUGGGUUCUGGUUCUGCUCUAAUUUUUUCUGUCGGAAAAAAAAGUUGCUUUGUCUUCCGUAAAUGUGUCUCUGUUAACGGCAUGUCGCACAAAGUUAGGUUAAGCAUUUGGGCUUAGGUAUCAGAUCUAUCUAACAUUUUUUUUUCUAUGUUCUAUCCUGCAAUUUCGACCGACAGCUAUCCCGAGAAUCCGUCAACUUGUUUGGUUACCGAUAAAUCCGAUGAAUAAUUUCAAAUACAGGAAGUACCCAAUAACUAACUAACAUUUGAACCGAUAAAUAAAGCAGCAAUGGGUCAACAGAUCUUGUUAAAUAUAACAAAAAACGUAAACAAAAAAAAAAACGUAUUUUCUCCGUGAACUAUCACAGCUUAGAAAAAGUGACACGCGAUCGCGAAUCCAUGUGCCCUCGUUGAAUAGAGGAUGAAUUAUUUAUGCUGGUCGUGAAGAUUGUCGUGUCUCGUGCUGGUCUUUUCAGACUCCAAUUUGAAAUGUGAGCUGCCAUUGAAACCUUUAAUGUGUGGAAACACCACCUGUAAUGAGUCACAAAUACAAUCUCUAUUCUGUUUUGGCAAGUGCGACCCCACUGUGACCAUCAUGAGUCCCCAGGGGAUGAGGGAGUGUGCGAGGAGUGUCUUCUUCUGAAAAUGCAGCAGCCGUAGUGAAAAGGCCAGGGCCUGUUGUCUGACACUGAUUUGUAAAGGGAGACAAUACGGCUCAUUGACCUGGCCCGGCUCUACUGUCUGUUGCACAUACCUCGCCCUGCGCACAGCAGAUUGUCACAGGCGCGGGGAGGAGGGAUGGGAGCAAAGGAGUGACAGGACACAGGUUGCUUUGACAGUGACAGAAGAAAAGGGGGGCGGGGGGGGGGCCAAAACAAAUGGCAGAUAAACACUAUGAUAAAGACUAUUUGGGGUUUUUUUUUUAGUUAUUUAAUUUUAAUUGUAAAACAUGGCGGUGGGUAUAUUUUAUUGAUAAGCUAUAAACAUAAACUAUGAACAUAAACACUAUCAAACUUACAAUAAGACAUCUAAAUGAGAAGGUUUUUAUUCUGACAUCAGGGUCAAAAGACCAAAAAGUCAAAUUAUGUGAGAGAAAGAGUCAAAAUAUUUUUGAUAAAAAGCAAUAUUUA